AUGUUUAAGAAGUUUGAUUCGACUUCAAUUACUGGCGUUAAAGCUGAUGAAAAAUUCGCCAUCGAAGGGGCAUCAGCCUACGGCAAGGAGAAAAUAGUAAGUGAGCUGGCUGUCUAGUAGGAGCAGGACAAAUUAAAGAAGGAAACUGAGGCGAAGUCCAUAUUACAUGGAGGUACUUUAAAUAAAGUAGGCUCUACGGAUCCAACGGGCUCUAACAGCGGUCUUGUAGGUUAGAAUAACAAAAUCUCUCCAUUCAGAUCUCAAAGAAAUGCAUCGAUUGGCAGCGUUGCAGCAAAUAACGCCAUGGCACACAACGGAAUGAUGCAAAUUUCAGGAAUAAAGGGACAGCAGGCUAUUCAGAAAUGUGUGAAACUCAUUAAACCCGACCCCAACAUGAUCAGAAGACUACUCAAUGAGGAAAAAGAUGAGAGGUACAGGUAUUUACUUAGACAUGGUAAUAUUCUCAAUAUUGAGUCUGAAACUCUAUCGCUUUACGUGGAGUUACCUCAGAUUCCAAAUAUAAUAAUAGUGUAUCGUCGACCAUCAGAAAGAGAAAUGAAUGUUGAAAAGAUGAAUCUUGAUUCUCGCAACUUGAAACACAUCCCACUUCUCGAGGGUGAGGAAAAAAUCAAGUACUUGAACCUCUAGAAUAACGAAAUCGUUAAAAUAGAGAAUUUAGUGUCGUUACCCAACCUGACAUUCCUUGAUUUAUCUAUGAACAAAAUUAAAGAAAUUUCAAAUUUCUCUACCGUUGAACAUCUUAGAGUCCUCAUUCUGAGUAAAAACAUGAUUGAGUCUAUAAGAAAUCUCGAUGCCUUCAAGAAUUUAGAUGUCCUUGAUCUCCAUGAAAAUAAGAUCACUAAGAUUGAUAAUCUCAGCAAGUUAGUCAACUUAAGAGUACUUAAUCUCUCAAACAAUUCAAUUGAAGUAAUUGAGAAUUUAGGCGGACUCAAAGCCCUUGUUGAGCUAAAUCUCAGGAAAAAUAAGAUUAAUCUGAUCAAGGAGCUGAACGGUCUUAACAGUCUCUAGAAAUUAUACCUUUCUAAUAAUAACAUCGGCUCAGUUGAAAAUGUCAAGGAGCUGCCAUCACUGACUGAUAUCACUCUUGAAAAUAAUCCAAUAGAAAAGAUAGCUAAGUUUCAACAGAUUAUAAAGGACAAAUUCCCAUCAGUAUAAUUCUUAAAUCUUCAGAAAAUAAAUUUGCCACUUGAAGAGACUAUUACAAAAAAGGAACCAACCACUCCAGUCUCAAACAAAAAUGCAGACAAAAGUUUGAUAUCAAAUAAUGAGAAAAAGAGUCCCAACAGAGUAUUAGAAAUGGGAGUAAAUCAGACUAAGAAUUCAAGUAAUAAUGUCACUUCAUCAGUAUCUAAGCCUAAAAUAGAGUCAAAUGUUAUUAAGAUUAUCCAAAGAGAAUGGGAAAAGGAGUGUGAGAGACUAGAUGCCAAGAAAAAUGGAUACAAACCAAAGUAAUAAGUAGGAGAUAAAAGUCUUGUCUAAAGUGGUCAUGCUGAAAUUGAAGCUAAUAGAAUACUUUAUAUAUUUGGAAAUGCUCUUGAAGUUCUGUAAAGAUCAGAGUUUUAUGAGCAAGUUGAGGAGAUGCAUAUGCAGUAUGUGAGAUUCGAUUUGAUUGUAUACCAUGCAAAUCUUGAUAAGUUGAAGAAGUUUACUAAACUAAAGAAACUUGUACUCUCAAACAACUAUCUCAAUUCAUUCAUUCUAUUAUCUAAGAUUGAGUUUAAUGGAAUGCCCAUUAAUGAUUUCGAUAAGAAGGUGGCCAAAUAACAGUUUUAACUAUUUGAUAAAAUUCUCUCAAUUCAAAACAUUUUUACUAAGAAGACUAGCUCAGCAAUGGAUCCUACAAAGCGCUAAGAACAGAGACUAAAGUCAAAGAAGAACUUAGAGUUUGCUCACAUAUAUGUUUUGGGCUUAAUAGAUGACUGCACCAGAAAAGAAGAGGAUAAGUCUGAUAUUGAUAGCAAGCUAGAAAAGGUCGUCAAAAACAUCAUCAAUACAACAACUAUGGAACUAAUAGGGGACUCAUAUCAAAUGGAGAGGAAACUGCAUGAAGGCAUUUCUAAAUCAGUCAAGGCUUGA